AUAAAAUGCGAAAUAUUUUUAUACUUUAUAAAGUCGCGGUAGUCUAGUUCGCGAUUCGACCAUCUUGAUUAGGUUCAUAUUUUACCUAUAAAUAAAAUAUCUUAGGAAUUUAAAACUAGAAAAAAUCAUGAAUUCUAAAAGUUCUAGUUUAUCUUCGAUAUCAGAUCUUUUCCGCCCUACAAAUCCCAGAGGUUUAAGAUCUAGGGAUCUAAGUUCUACUCGAUUAAGUGUUCUAAAGCAAGAGAUACAGACCGAUACUCAUUUGAUACCACUUAAAAAUCUUUACACCUUAUUGGGUACAGAUCCAAUAAAUGGUUUAACUAAUAACAGAGCAAAAGAGUUAUUGGAGUAUUAUGGCCCAAACACGCUCACACCAACUACACAGUUUUUAUGGCCACGUUUACUAUUCAAAUCUUUAUGUACUGGAUUUUCAAUUGUAAUAUGGCUUGGUGCUAUACUAUGUCUAACCGCAUAUCUAAUAGAACUAUCUACGAAGCCAGAUCCUCGCCCUGAUAACCUUUAUCUAGGAUGCGUACUUAUAGCAGUAGACCUCAUAUGCGGACUUUUCAGUUUUUUUCAGAACUACAAAAGUUCUCAGAUCUUGAAAACGUUCAACAGUAUGAUACCGAUGUACGCGAAAUGUACGCGGGACGGUGUAUUAACUACGGAUACCGAAGUGCAUAAUUUAGUCAAAGGAGACAUAGUUUAUGUGGAAAUCGGUGAUGUUAUACCAGCGGAUAUACGAAUCAUUGAAAGCAAAGGAUUUAAAGUCGAUAACUCCUCAUUGACUGGCGAAUGCAUAGCAGUAUCGCGAAGUAAUACAGAUGGCACGCCAAACAUAUUGGAAUCGCCCAACGUCGCAUUCUCUUCUGCUCUUUGCGUAGAAGGAUGGGCGAAAGGAGUUGUUAUAUGCUGUGGAGAUCUAACCGCUUUAGGUCGCGUAGCUGGGCUAGCUGCACGUUUAAAACCCGCUCCGUCACCAUUGUCUCGAGAGAUUCGCCGUUUCAUGCGUUGUAUGUCUGCCUGGGCAAUUGGUUUAGGCGUUUUCAUCGCCGGUGCCAGCCUUGCACUUGGAUAUCCUUUUAUGCAAACAACUGUAUUUGUCAUUGGAAUUAUUGUUGCUAAUAUUCCUGAAGGAUUACAACCAACUGUAACGGCUUCUUUGACGCUAACAGCAAAACGCAUGGUUGCAAAACAAUGUCUUAUAAAGAAUCUAGAAGCAAUUGAAGCACUCGGCGCCUGUACAACAAUCUGUUCUGACAAAACUGGCACUUUAACGGAGAAUAAAAUGUGCGUUCGUCAUAUUUGGAUGCCGGAUAAAACGUACUCAGUAUUGGACGACGAUUUCGAUUCUUCAUUACAAAACAAUCAAGCAUUCAUUUCCCUAAAAGUAUGUGGAGCUUUGUGCAGCAACGCAUCUGUUUCUUCGAGUGGAGUUAUGCGCGGUGAUGCUUCGGAAAAAGCUAUAUUGAACUUCUUAAUAAAUUUUGAUGAUCCUAUCGCUAUUAGGAAAAUGUACCCUAAAGUCGCCGAAAUUCCUUUUAAUUCAGUGAAUAAGUAUCAAGUUAGCGUUCAUUUGGAUACAUCUACCUCGAAAUUUCUUGUAGUAAUAAAAGGGGCCCCCGAGUGCAUAGUUUCUAGAUGUUUGUCAAUUAUUGUUAACAACGAGAUAACAGAUAUGAGUACCGAAAUCAAAGAAGCUGCCAACGUAGCAAUUGAGAACUUGGCAAAUACUGGUGAACGGAUCUUGGCAUUCGCAGAUUGCGUUUUAGAUCCGGAAGAAUUCCCAUUAGAUUAUAAGUUUGAUACAGAAAACGUAAAUUUUCCACUUGAUAACCUGCGGUUUCUGGGACUCAUUGGUUUAAAAGAUCCACCUAGAGAGGAGGUCCGCUUUGCAAUACAACGUGUACGCGAAGCAGGAGUACGAGUGAUGAUGGUGACUGGAGACCACCCAGCCACUGCUCGAGCCGUAGCUUCUGAAGUGGGUAUUGCCACUACACCCGAUUGUCAUGUUGUCACUGGUACUGAUCUGAGAAAUAUGACGCCUGAUUUACUAUAUUUAACUUUGGAAAAACACUACGAAAUAGUAUUUGCGCGCACUUCUCCAACCCAAAAACUAACAAUUGUUGAAGCAUGUCAAAGACAAGGCGGGGUAGUAGCUGUAACAGGCGAUGGUGUAAAUGAUGCACCGGCCUUAAGACGCGCAGACAUAGGAAUUUCCAUGGGAAUAACUGGCUCGCAAGUAUCCAAACAAACUGCAGAUAUAAUUUUGAUGGAUGACAACUUUGCGACAAUAGUAACUGGGAUAGAAGAAGGACGAAAGAUAUUCGAUAAUUUAAAAAAAUCUGUUUGCUACAUCCUUAUAUCGAACGUUCCUGAAAUUAUUCCUGUGUUAAUGUUUAUCCUCUUCUCCAUUCCACUACCGCUGGGGGUGAUGACAAUAUUAUGUGUGGACCUCGGGACUGACAUGUGGCCAGCAGUAUCAUUAUCCUACGAGCAAGCAGAACAAGAUGUAAUGGCCCGACCGCCUCGAACCUCUGAUCCCCUUGUGUCAGCUAGCAUGUUGCGCCUAGCAUAUGGACAUCUUGGCCUCGUUGAAUUCGCCGCCGGCAUGUUCGCCUACUUCAUCGUUAUGGCUGAACAUGGCUUUUAUCCUUCUAGUCUGUUUGGUAUACGAGAACGAUGGGACAACGAGGCAGUAAGUGACGUCGAGGACUCUCUAGGUCAAGAAUGGACGUAUGCGGAGCGGAAAGAAUUAGAGAGGGCAUGUCAGGCGGCUUACUUCGUGGCUGUUGUCAUUACGCAAAUGAUGAAUGGCGUUAUCUGUAAAACCAGAUACAACUCCCUGUUCCAUGUCGGUAUGAAAAACAACGUUUUGAAAAUGGGAUUGUUGGUAGAAUUAAUGCUUGCUUGUGCGGUGUGCUAUGUGCCUGGUGUUAAUACAUUUUUUCGCACAUAUCCUCUCCGAUUAAGAUGGUGGUUUUUGGCGCUACCUUUUGCGGCAUUUAUGUUUGUAUUUGACGAAUUCAGGAAAUAUUGUAUCAGAAGGCAGAACUUUGGUCGUUGGUUUAACAAACUGAUAUAUUACUAGUGUAAAUGUAUUUCGAGACUAUAAUAUUAUGAUUCGGGGAUAUUACAUUAAACAACUUACUCUGGAGACAAUAAUAUGAAUAAUAAUAUAUAAGUAUGCAUAAUAAAUGUCCUAUGCAUUCAUAGGUAAGGGCUGAUUUUGCAAUCGCCAAAAAACUUACGAAUUUUACCAGUUUAGCAGAUUUGCAGAACAAAAAUUGUCAUUUAUCAGUUACACCCAUCAUACAUUAUGUAGCGAUAAGACUUAUUUUGCGAUUGAAAAAUCGGCCUAUUGAAGAAUGAAAUUAAUAAAUUAAUCAUGUACUUUUGUUUUUGUAAUUUAAAUUAGUACCUAUACUUAUUUAAUCAGGCAUCUAUUGGGUCUUCUAAAACUAAAUUCUAAUAAAAUACAUUAUUCAUGAAAUAAGAAUAUAUUCUGUAUCAUAAAUCAUUUCACACAAUAAUUAAACAAGGCAUAAAAUAAUAUUGUAUGUAGAUGUCAUUAUUAUUUUUAUUAUAUUUAUAGUAACACAAAAUGAGCAAACAAUGGAUACUUUUAUGUACAUUUAAAUAUUGUAUUGUAAUAGUUAUAAUAUAAAAAUUAAUACUAAUAAUUUGAUUUUAUUAUUUUUAGGGAAGUAUAUAAUUAUAUAUUUUGAAUAAGGCACAGGUUAGGUACUUAUACACAUAAUAUAUUUCUUGUCUUUUAAAUUACUAAACAUAUUAUUACUUUUCGUCAGACUAAAGUCAUGGAAUAUGAAUAUAGUGUGUAGAUAUUAAAAUGUUUUGUUGUACCUAAAUCAUAAUAAGGCCUUAUAUAUGAAAUAUCAAAUAAAUAUUUUAAUUCAAAGCUUUGUUUUAAUAAAGACAUUAAGAAAAACAGAGGUAAGUUAAAAAUUCAAAUUAUUCGAAAGUAGAUGUUUUUUAGAAAUAUUAAAGAUAAGAAAUGUGUAUUAUAUUGCAAUAAUUAUUAAACCUAAUUAAAUACAUAGCUAUUAGCUAGUAAUAUAUUAUUUAACAUUUUUUUAUUUAGGUACGCUAUAAAAAUCUCUGCAGAAUGAUAAAUGUUACACACAAUCAACAUAAUUAUUAUGACAUUACUUAACACAGCCAAAUCUAAAACAUUACAUAAACUAAGAAAUACACUAACAAUUGAACUAUCCUAUUUACAAUAAAAUAUGAACAAAGAUUCUUUGAUCACAACUAAGUAUCAGGCUAGGCGCGCAUGUGCCGUCAAAUAGCCGCCUCUAUACAUCAUUGUACGGCAGUGUAUAUUAUAGUGCGCCCACAAACGGUACUUUUUAACCCCUACCCAAAAAGAGGGGUGUUAUAAGUUUGACGCGUGUAUCUGUGCAUCUGUCUGUGGCAUCGUAGCUCCUAAACUAAUGAACGAUUUUAAUUGAGUUUA